GACCACACAUCCGCCUGAUGGUGGCGAGAAUCAUUGCCGACCGAUCGACACAACAGGGAGGCCCACCGGCCUCCAAAAGAGAUUGAGAAAGGACAUCAAGCAAAUGACGGAUGAAGAGUUCCAGAAGUUUGCGGAAGCACUGAACCUGUUGAAAAACAAUUGGUCGUUAUGUGAUGAUCCAUCCGAUUGUCUGGCCGAUUUCCCUUACACAUACGACUCUCUCCUUGCUUUCCAUCCGUAUUGUCAUCGGGAUCCUCAAGAGUUUUUGGUCAUGCACAGACGGUUACUGUUCGAAGUUGAAACUCGACUUCAAGUGCUGUCUGGCGACUGUAGCGUGACGUUUCCAUACUGGAACUCCAACCGAGAUGCGGGAGACCUCUGGGGUGUCUCGGAGGUUUGGUCUGACACCCGAUAUGGCCGUCCUGAAGGUGGACACGGUCCCGGCGACGAUGAUUCAUGGUGCUCGACAAGAGGCGAACGCCACAACUGUGUCAGGACUGGAGUUGCCCGUGAUUGGACAGAGCGUCCAUUUGCGCACAGACGCAGCUGCUCGUAUUGUGUCAACCGAGCUCCGCGUGAGGAUUUUCAUCUCACAGCCUUUCCGGUGCUGAUGGCAGGCCUUUAUCGGAGGACGAGGUUUGAACACUUCCAGUCCUGGAUUGAAGCUGUUCACGCGCAGCUCCAUAUCGCCAUAGGCGGAGACAUGGCCAUCCUCCCGUUUGCAACAGCCGAUCCAGUUUUCCUCCUGCAUCAUGCCUUCGUUGACUACCUUUUUCUCAUCUGGCAGGUUCACCAGCAUGACUCGGGCAACGAGGAGUGGAACUGUCAGAGUUGCAGCACUAGAAUGACCCAUUGGAGGUCACGCAGAACCGAAUGGAUGGGAAGAUACAACCCUGAGCAUCGUUGCUAUGAGGUUCCACUGUCAAGCCCGACUGCCUGUGUUGGAUACUCGGGCCCGGUUCACAGAGAUCGCGUUUCUCAGAUGAUUGGGUCGGGUAUGCCGACCUUGGAAUCCUCCGCUGCUGCAGAGGCAGAAAUUGAAGAUUGUGUGGAGGAUCUCCUGGACGACAUCGAGCUCGGCAAGAUGUCUGCAUCGCAGAUCGAAGAGGAGGUUGUGCUCACAAGCAAAUUCCGAGUGGGAGGUGUGAAGCGCAAUUGCCGAGAGUGGUUUGGCUCCAUGAGGUCGAUGGAGCACAUGCACUCCGAGCAUAUGGACGACGUUCUCGACAACAGGAUCAAAUCAUGUCAGAUGAUGGAAGUUGAGAAUUUCCAUGAGCAGGAGAAGUUCCUGUUUGAACCAACCGCCACCAAGAGCGAAAAGAGGACCGAAGUCAAAUGCCGACGAGCUCACGUUGGGACAUGA